AUGAGUUCCCCCUCCGUCCAAGUCCAACCGCAACCCUCCACCAAGGGAGUCGUUUCCCCCGACGCCGGCCCCAAGGGCAUGAAUUUCGAUAUCGUCCGCUGCUCCCGGUGCCAGCGCUCCAUGAGCCUCGAGAACGAAUCCUCCCCCGGGGUGGUCCGGUUCGGCAUGAAUUCCUACUACUGCAGCCGCUACCCACGCAACGAAGAAAAUCGGAAUAAGCAUCAUGAUGAACACACCCUUUUCGCCGUGUCGCUGCUAGCCAUUACCGCCGCAACAUCCUACACGUGA